GAAAGUUGUACUGGAUGUUCUCGGCGGCGAGGGGCACCGCGUCCAGCGUCGGGUGGCGCGCGGCCACGCGGCGCUGGGAAUGCGUGCGCUGCUUCACACGCAACCCAACAACCCCCGUCGUCCCCAUCGUCGACCUUUCCAACAGCAAGCAAGCCAGUGUGGACUUGCAUCAUGCGUUUUCGACAUACGGCUGCUGCUAUCUCAAAGGACACGGCAUCGACACCCCACAAGAAGCUCGAGUGAUGGACGCUGCACACGCGUACUUUGACAUGGCGCAAGAGGUCAAGGACAAAUACCACCGCCCGUCGUCGUCGACUGGAUUUGUCCGGGGCUACAUUGGUCUUGGCGCUGAAAGCGGAAGCGCCGACUUUGUCGAAGUCAAGGAGGGGUUUUCGUACGGAUAUGAAUGGGACGCGACGAUCGCACCGUCAAAUCCACUGCAAGGGCCGAACGUGUGGCCAUCCGAGCUCGCGACCAGCCACCAGCGCGCCCUCCAGUCGCUCUUCACAACCCUGGUGGGGGUAUCGAAUCGUUUGUGCGACGCAUUGUCCGUCGCGUUGAACAAGCCUCCGUCGUACUUCAGCUCGUUUUGCACCCACGGCGACACCAUCUCCAUCCUGCGUGCCUUCCACUACUUUCCCUAUUCUGUAUUACCACGCGGUGGCCGGAACGUUAUCGGAUCAAGUCCCCACACCGAUUGGGGCUUCUUGACGCUGAUUCUCCAAGACAAAGUCGGCGGGCUGCAGCUAUUUCACGACGGCAAAUGGACGGACGUGCCGUAUAUUCCCGGCACGCUGUUCGUGAACGGCGGCGACUACUUGUCGCUGCUGACGGACGGCACAUGGCGAUCUCCCGUCCACCGGGUUGUGAAUGACGUGGAGCACGACCGCACGUCCCUCGUGUUUUUCUACUACCCUGACUACGACGCCAGGAUUCCACCCAUUGCGAAAGCGACGACGGCCACCCGUCCAGGACUACUGGCCAACGUCAACACGCUCUUGGACCACACGGUGGCGUCCAACCACGAGCCGUUUGGGCAGUACAUUCAAUCGAAAUGGGCCGCGGUGCAGCGGGAUGGCUAGCCGAGCAUGCAAAGCGCCCGUGGUUGGGGCGCGCUCACGAUUGUAUAUAAAGGGUGUUUGUUGGGUGGCCAUCGAGGUCGUGGAAGCGGCGCUUGUCCCAGCGACGAAUCCCUACGCAACGUUAUCAGUGUAGUCUGUCGGUCGUGCAAGGAGC